AUGACCGGUUCGAUCCUAGGCACGAAUCCCGUGCUGUCUGGUGAUGAUUUCAUAGCGUGGCACCAUGCCAUCGGCGGCGAGCUAACAGACAUUCCUGAAGACUCCUGGAGAAUAGUUCUCAAAGAGAAGCACAAUGAUAUGUUACACUUGCUCAAGUUUCCUUACAACGGCGAGCCGCCCAAACGCCUGGUAACAUCGAAGGCCAUUACCCCUAACCCCCUUCAUUUUGUGCGUAAUCACGGUGGAAUUCCCAUAAUCAACAAAAAGGACUUUACCUUGACUUUGGAUGGGCUGGUCGCAAAUCCUAAGAAAUAUACGCUAGACGACAUUAUGGAUGAAUCUCGCUUCCCACAGAUCGUGGAAACCGUCACAAUUCAGUGUUCCGGCACCCGUCGAAUUGAGCAAAUUGGCUUAUAUCCGGGUCAAGGCGACGAGAUACCACAGGCGCCUUGGGCUGAGGGAGCUAUAGGCACCGCCACGUACCGUGGAAUUAGUCCAAAGAAACUCAUCAAAGACUGCGGCGGCCUCGUCAAUGGCGGCAAACAUCUUGAACUAUACGGAGCCGAGACGUAUAGCAAGGACUUGGAAGCAAUGAACUAG